AUUUCAUUGGCUGUAGGGGUCCUACUUUGAGCACACGGGAAAAGUGGCUGCCGUUCGGAACGUGUAACCUCCCCCUGAGACCGUGAGAAAAUGGGCCGCUCCUCUAAAGACAAACGUGACAUUUAUUACAGACUGGCCAAAGAGGAGGGGUGGCGGGCCAGGAGCGCCUUCAAACUGCUGCAGAUAGACGAGGAGUUCAAACUUUUCAAAGGAGUUCGGCGGGCCGUGGAUUUGUGCGCAGCUCCUGGGAGCUGGAGUCAGGUUCUGAGCCGGAAACUCCGAGGGACGGAGGAGAAGGGGGAGGACGUUAAGAUCGUGGCAGUGGAUCUGCAGGCCAUGGCCCCCCUCCCAGGGGUCACUCAGAUUCAGGGGGACAUCACUAAGAUCACAACCGCCCAGGAGAUUAUCAAGCACUUUGAGGGACAGCCUGCUGACCUUGUGGUGUGUGACGGCGCCCCCGAUGUGACCGGACUCCAUGAUGUGGAUGAAUACAUCCAGGCCCAGCUCUUGCUUGCGGCUCUGAACAUUACCACUCAUGUCCUGAAGCCUGGAGGCACUUUUGUGGCAAAGAUAUUUCGGGGGAAGGACGUGACCCUCCUGUACUCCCAGCUGAAGGUGUUUUUCACCACAGUGACAUGCGCCAAACCGCGGAGCAGCCGUAACUCCAGCAUCGAGGCGUUUGCAGUCUGUGAGAACUACUCUCCUCCUGAAGGCUACGUCCCCAACAUGUCCAACCCUCUGCUGGACCACAAAUACGAUGAGGACUUUAAUCAGCUGGAAGGUCCCAACCGGCUCAUUGUGCCGUUCCUGGCCUGCGGAGACCUCAGCGCGUACGAUGCAGAUCGGAACUACCCGCUCCAGCUCGAUCCCAGUAAAGAAUACCAGUAUAGGCCCCCAACACAACCCCCGAUUCGACCACCCUACCAAGAAGCCUGUUACCUUCGCAAGAACAACCUGCUGGCCAAGAAGAACUUCACCACUGUACCAUUGGACAAGGCUUUCCCUGACCUGCAUCGCUCAGCCUAUCGGGAAUCGGACAUGGGGGCAGCAGCAGGGGCAGCAGCAGCAGCACCACCACAACCACUUUCAUUCGAUGAAACAGCUGAAGGAGACUCUCCCUCUGUCCCAUUGGAGGGGGCCCUCUCUGCCCUGCACCUUUCAGCCAAUCAGGAAUCAGAUGUGGCAGCAGCAGCUGCACCUUGUGCAGAUGAAACAGCCAGUCAAGAUGUGGCAGAACAGGAGGUGAAGUGACCACUGAAAGGGAAUGUGGGUACUGGAGGUUAAAGCCUUCAGAAUCACCAGACUUUUGACUGAAGUAGCUUUGAAACAACCAGUGAACAGCAGGGCUGACAUCUGAAACACCGUGCAAUCCAUUUGUAAGAAUGGCAUCCAUGCAGGACAGUUCGAUUCUAAGUCGUUGAUUCUUAAGCGUUACUUCAAAAGAAGGGAAAUUUUCUCCUCGUUUUUAAUAAAACAUCAACCCUCCUUUAUCCGAUUUGUCCGAUUCCAGUUUGCGUAUGCUCUCCCCCUUUGUACUUUCUCAGCUGCAUAUUU